AUGGAGAAGCCGCGGCGGGCGGUGGUGGUGACGGGGUUUGGUCCGUUUGGAGAGCACGCUGUUAACGCCAGUUGGAUUGCAGUUCAGGAGUUGGAGAAGCUAGGACUGCGAGAUGGUGUGGAUCUGCAUGUCUAUGAAGUCCCAGUUGAAUACCAGACAGUGCAAAGGCUCAUUCCUGCAUUGUGGAAAAAGCACAGUCCACAACUGGUGGUUCACGUAGGUGUUUCGGGUAUGGCUACAACCGUAACGCUGGAGAAGUGUGGCCAUAAUGUAGGUUAUAAAGGCUUAGACAACUGCCGUUUCUGCCCAGGCUCUCAGUGUUGCGUAGAAGGUGGCCCAGAAUGCAUCGAUUCCAUUAUCGACAUGGACACUGUUUGCAAGAGAGUCUCAGCGCUGGGGCUGGAUGUCACGGUCACUAUAUCUAAGGAUGCCGGCAGAUACCUCUGUGACUUCACUUACUACACUUCCUUAUACCAGAGUUGUGGGAGGUCGGCUUUUGUUCAUGUGCCUCCGCUGGGAAAACCGUAUACCGCAGAACAGCUGGGUCGGGCGCUACAGGCUAUAAUAGAAGAAAUGCUUGAUGUGUUGGAGCAUUCUGAAGACAAAAUCAAUUGUCAGCAUGAACACUGAAAGUGGGCAGAAGCUAUCCUAGUAUUGCACUUCCAAAAUUUUCCCUGCUACUGAAGUACUGGGGAAAACGGUCUGAAACGUACAGACCCAGAAUUGGAGACUUCAAAAAGGAAAAUUCCACUUCUAGAAAUUGACGUUUUUUGUCAAAUGUGUGCAUUUCAGCCUAGGCAACAAAGGAUUCAAAAUCUCUUCUUUAAAACACCUGCAACUACUCGUUUCUGAAGUGACUGAAGUGUGCGUGCUGUGCUUUAUCCAGAGCUUAUCUGUCAGCCAAGUGACAGCUACUGACCAGUCUAAUACAGCGCAGGUGGAAAGUUUCUCAUCUGGACUUGGCGUUCAGGUGCAGGGAAUUGAUAACCCAGUCUUCUAAUGACUAGUUCUUAAGUUGAAAGGUUUGCUUUCAUUUUGUUUUGGUUUUUUUUUCCUCUUUGGCCCAAAUUACAGGUUAUAAUGUAAAAGUACAACUGAAAAGAAUUGGAAUGGUGUGGGUUUGUCUGUUGUAAAACAGCGCUUGGUGGAGAGGAGUUGUCUUUGAAAUUGCUUUGCUGAAACGGAAGAAUAUUUUAGGCACUGAUUUCUCACCCCACAUUGUCCAAAUAUUCAUAGGGUCUUCUGCAAUGUACGAGUUAACUGGUAGCUGCAGCUAAAAGGGAUGUGGUUUG